CUCUGAGACAGACAAUAUUCUGUUACAUUGUAGCAAAAUGGCGACUGUCAUUCACAACCCCCUGAAAGCGCUGGGGGACCAGUUCUACAAGGAAGCCAUUGAACACUGCCGGAGCUACAACUCGAGGCUGUGUGCCGAGCGCAGCGUGCGCCUGCCCUUCCUGGACUCACAAACUGGCGUGGCCCAGAACAACUGCUACAUAUGGAUGGAGAAGAGGCACCGGGGUCCAGGCCUUGCCCCAGGCCAACUGUACACCUACCCUGCUCGAUGCUGGCGGAAGAAGAGACGAUUGCACCCACCUGAGGACCCAAAGCUGCGGUUGCUGGAAAUAAAACCUGAAGUGGAGCUGCCCCUGAAGAAGGAUGGGCUCACGUCGGAAAGCACCACCCUGGAAGCGCUGCUCCGCGGUGAGGCUGUGGAGAAGAAGGUGGAUGCCAGGGAGGAGGAGAGCAUCCAGGAAAUUCAGAGGGUUUUGGAAAAUGAUGAAAAUGUUGAGGAAGGAAACGAAGAAGAGGAUUUAGAAGAAGAUAUUCCCAAGAGAAAGAAUAGGACCAGAGGACGGGCCCGUGGCUCUGCAGGUGGCAGGAGGAGACAUGACGCGGCUUCUCAGGAAGACCAUGACAAACCGUACGUCUGUGACAACAGUUACAAACAAAAGCAUAACUCAAAAUCCUCCAACAAAGUCUGUGGCAAGCGCUACAAGAACCGGCCGGGACUCAGCUAUCACUACGCUCACACUCACCUGGCCAGCGAAGAGGGGGAUGAAGCCCAAGACCAAGAGACCCGGUCCCCACCCAACCACAGAAAUGAGAACCACAGACCCCAGAAAGGACCGGAUGGGACAGUCAUUCCCAAUAACUACUGUGACUUCUGCUUGGGGGGCUCUAACAUGAAUAAGAAGAGUGGGAGGCCUGAAGAGCUGGUAUCCUGUGCAGAUUGUGGACGCUCUGCACCUCCUGAAAUAAACCAAAGCAACAUUUGCUCAAGGCCCCUGGGGAGAUGGAGAAGACCCUCCUCCACCUUGUUGGCAGUCCCCUGAAUGAACAGCUGGGCGGUCCCGGUCAAAAGUCGACUCUGUGACCCGGGGACGUCAACCUCCUUCAAGCAAGCCAUUUCCGAAGAAGGUGGAAAGAAGCCACAAUGAUGAGCACCUCCUCCUCCUCUUCUUCCUCCUUCUCUUCCUCUUCCCUUGCCCGGCCCCUUCCUGCGCGUGUGUUUCAGUCAACACAGGAGCCUGGAUUGUGGAAAAACCUCCAGUGCAACUCAGCUCAGCUCAGAGAAUCUCGGGAAUGGCCUAAGUUUGUGCAAUAAGAAGAUUUUAUUUUUUCCUUUUUAAAAAAUUCUUCAUUACAUUUUCUUUAAGUGUCUGUGGGAAAGUACCCGGGUCAGACUGGAAUUGCUCUACAAUAGAAAGAACUGAACACAAACAAACUGACAAAAAAAAAGUUAACUAUUUUAUUUAUUUCAAUAUUUAAAAGAAAAAAAUUGCUGAAAAUGCACAAUAUUUUUGUUUAAAGUACCUUCUACUUCAAAAAUUAAAAGCAAUUUUGUGAAGACAUGAAAUCAAAAGAGUACUUAAUGUAAAAUAAAGACUGCAUAUUAACCCUAAGGAAAAAUACCCCAGAUUUUAAUAAGAAAAUAAAGAUCAACUCUGCUCUCUCAGGCUUUUUUAAAAAAGCCAUUCAUGUAUGUGCUUUAGGUAUUUUUAUUUUUGCGAGUUGGAUGUGGUAAGUGAGGAGUACUAAGAUUUUUUUUUUUCUUCAAAAGUCUAUUGAAAGUGUUGGUGAUGUUAAAUGAUUAUGUGUUAAGACUUGACAGAAAUAAAUUAGCCACAAAGGCUAUCAGCAGUCUCUUUGCACCCCCUUCCCCCACCCAAACCUCUCUCCUCACCCCAGGCAAGUCCCAUUUAUCUGAAUGUCAAGAAGCAGCCUGCCUCCUGGUUAUCCUGUCUGAAGAGGCCUCCUUCUGAAAGGAAUCCCAUCUACUGAUUAAAUAUAUCUCUGCAAGUUCAACAGAUUCAAAGGCAGACUGUUUUGUUUUAAAAUAAUGCAGUGAAGGAAGUUUAAACAGCAGCAGCAGCAGCAGCAACAACAACAACAACAACAGAAUAUAAGCAGAUGCUGAGAUGAUCUUAAUUCAGUCAGCUAACAACACCUAGCGGAGAUUUGCGAAGGGACUAUUCUGCCAAGCUGGCUUUGAGGGACUCUGAGAUUCUAGCACUGCCUCCACUGGCAAGAAAAGCCAACCUGAGUAAUGGUGACCUCAAAUUCAGUUGUUGGUAGGGAUCAAGGGAAAAAGAGAGUGUUCUAGCAUGUUCUUUUAUGGCCCUAUUGGGACAGUGAAUGCUGUGACCUCUGAAAUGCCAUCAACAUGGUGCCUACCUCUUAAUGAGGAGCUGGGUGAAUAGGAUGGGUCACUGGGUUCUGCUCCCAGUCUCUUCCAUGACCAUGUUCUCAAGAAUUUUCCCUUAUUUAUAAAGCCGAGUCAGAAUAAUAAAUUUACAAUCCAAGGCUGAAUAUUCUUGUUUUCAGAAGUCUUGAGAGACAGUGUUACUGAAAUGGUUCUGAGCCUGAGAUCUCUCUCUCUCUUUUGCCUUUCUAGGGGUAAUUGGGGUGCAGACUUUCUGCCCAUCUCUCAGGUCUCUCAUUCAAGGCCAGUCCCUGGGGGAAAUCACCAAGAGUGUCUUUGUAUCAUUUUGUAUUCCUUUUCUGUGACGUUUUCUGAUAGAAAAUGUCCCUUUUCAAGAUGCUGAUAAUUAUGAUAAUAGUCUGCUCUCCAACCAACUCCCACAAGUUAUAACAUGUGUAGAAUUGUGAUAAAGCUUUGCAUAAUGUAGGGUUUGUAUCAAGCUUGUGUAAGUUUCUGUUAAAUAAAAGUCUGUUUCCAAUGCU